AUGGGGUCCGUUACCAUCUCGGCCCUCUACGACUCCUUGACCUCCCAACCCAACAAUUCAGGAUUCGCUGCUGUCCUGCGAUAUUAUCACUCGGUUCGCGCGACUGUUCAUAAUACUUCUUUUUCCUCUGUCGCCAACUUCCUCCGUGGCUUGUACCGGAAUGAUACCGUGAACUGGGGUCAAGUUGUGUUCUUGACUACCUGUGUGAUCGCAAUGGCUGGCUGUGGACUGUUGUCGUGUCUGAUCAGGCACAAGCGCUCGGGUUCGGAUGGCUCUCGUGCGCAGCGCCCUUCCAUCCGCAAAAGCUUGACCAAGUCCUCAUCAAAGACCCUCAGCUCUUCGGAGGAGGAUGACUACGAGGAUGAAGACUAUGAUAGCAAUGCGUCGUUGCGUCAUGGCACCAAUCCUAACUACAAGCCCAAGGAGGAUUGGCUCUCGGAGCCUCAGAAGCAGAGCUCUGAUGCACACAAGACAGACCCGGGUAUUCUCAGGAAAUUCACUACAUACAACUCUUACACUACCUCAUUCGCUACCUAUCCCGCUAUCCGCACGUUCUACAGUCCCCAUCCACACCUUGCUAGGCUUCCUACAAAGCCUACACCCGUGCCGCUCAUUGUGGUUAUCCAUGGACUAGGCGGAUCUCUCGCACAAUUCCAUCACCUUCUCACCAGCCUUUCUAACGUUGGAUCAUGCUUCGGUAUUGACCUACCGGGGUGCGGACUGUCCAAGUUUGCGCCUACGGAUUGGAGUGCGUACUCAGUGGAGGCGCUGUCUGAAUUACUCGUCGAGGCGAUUGAACAGCACAGAGACCGGCAGUCUGGUCAGCAAGUUGUUCUGGUUGGACACAGCUUGGGCUGUUCUUUGUCAGCUUUGAUAGCUUCAUCAACUUCAUCCAUCGGCGCAAAACUGAAAGACCACAUUAUCGGACUUGUGGCUGUCUGUCCUCGAGCAUCGCCUCCAUCGGCGGAGGAAACAGCUGUCUUCCGCCGAUUGCUGUAUGUUCCUGGUCUGAUUUUCGAUCUUUGGCGCCGCUGGGAUCGACGCGGAGGCGAACAGAGUGCCAGCGUCGCAAGAAUGGUCGGCAGUGAUGCCGACAUCGAGACACGAGAUCUUCAGGUGCGAUUUAACAAACAGAGCAAAACUCCUGUCUGGCGUCGCAUGGCCUGGGGUACUCUUCCCACCUAUGGGAAUGAUGGUCAGCCGAUUGGUGGACUUCCUGGCGAAAAGGUCUGGGCGGGGGUCCGCAUGCCAAUUCUCCUGGUCGCGGGAGAAGCAGAUGCGGUUACGAAACCAAUCGAGGUGCAGAAGCUUCUGAAGUUCUUCGGAGAUGCUUCGGCCCAAACACCGAUCGAUGUCACUGAAAGCAGCAUCGUCCCAGACGCAUCGCGGGUUCAUGAUCAAAUGUCAGCCCCGGUCGAUGGUCUUGUGAGUGAAAAGCAGUUCGGACUUGGAUUCGCCGCCGAGGAGAAGGGAAUGGGACAGGAUGGACAGACCGGUACCCGCAAGAGAUUGGUCAAAUCAGCCAUCCUGCCUGCACCCGCAGCCCAUGCAUUGCUCUACGACCGAGCCACCUAUCGCACCCUUGCAGGAAUCAUUCAAGAUUUCCUCUCAUCCCAUGUUGACAAGCGUCUUGGCCUUGGCUGGCAAUUACAAUUCAUGAACACGUCUGGAAAGUGGGAUGUUAAGAACCUUGCCAAGUGGAAGAAGGUCGCCCCAGUUUCGGAACGGAUUGCCGAUACCUUUGCUGCACUCAAGAUGCUGCGUGAGGUCGACGAGGAACACAACCCUGUGUUAUUCUCGGCCAAAUACCGCGAUCGCAUCCACGCUGUCAUUGACAUCAGUCAUGAAAGCCCGGUCUACAAUCCGGCUGAGAUGGAGAAAGGUGGCAUUCGCUACUGCAAGCACCCGACUGUGUCUAAAAUCCCACCAACCCCAGACGAGACGCGCGACUUCAUCGCCCUUGUUGAUAGCCUGCAAAUGGAAAUCGAUGAGAAGAUGGAGAAACGCGAGGACAAUUCUUUGCCUCGACCAUUGGUUGGAGUCCAUUGCCAUUAUGGCUACAACCGCACCGGGUUUCUGAUUACCUGCUAUCUCAUAGAGCGUCUUGACUUCGGCGUGCAGCAGGCAAUUGAUGAGUUCAAUCGGUGCCGACCACCUGGCAUUCGACAUGGUCACUUCGUUGACACAUUAUUUGUACGGUAUUGCGUUGGGCUGAAGAGAGCGCCCACGUUGUAA